UCACAUGACUUGCGAGUCACCAUGUCCACAACACCCCUUUAAGAGGCACUGCAUAGUCUUCCUGGUAGCUGACACUUCUGUCUCCAACUCAAGUUCGUAGCCACCAUGUCUCCCCAGCCUAUGAUGUGCGGAGGAACCACCCCAGACAAGCCCGCGACCCAGGAGGUGCAGGACCUCUGCGACACGGUGAAGGCGUCCGUUGAGGGUAAAGCGAACAAGUCUUAUGAGGUCUUCAUGGCCAAGACCUACAAAACCCAGGUGGUGGCUGGAACCAACUUCUUCAUUAAGGUCCAUGUGGGAGGAGAGGACCACGUCCACCUCCGGGUCUUCAGAGAGCUGCCGUGCAACGGGGGGAACGUGAAGCUGUCCGACAUGCAGGAGUCCAAGUCCCACCAGGACCCCCUCGAGCAUUUCUGAUCCAACACUAAAAAAUAAUAAAAAAGGGAUAAAGUGCCUAAAUGAUAUUUUAAACAUCUUUCUUUUUUUUUUAACACGACCAGUGUUUAUUUUUUUGGUCCGAUUUGAGUAUUAAAUGUCCCUUGUCAUGACUUGUUAGAGCCUCAGUCAAUGCAUACUCGCCAUACAAU